GUUUAUAAGGUCGCGUCGAGCAUCUCGAAUCGGGGUUUGAUCAGCAGCCCUGGAAGCUCUCCCUUCAUCCCUGUCAAUCGCCAGCAAAAUGAAGUUUCCGAAGCUCUCGACAACUCUCCUCGUCUCGCUGCUUCAGGCACCCCAAUGGGCGGCCGCGAAGUUGGCAGCAAAUGAGACCGACACCAACCUCGUCAUCGCCAACGACCGGCUCUAUGCUGCCGUGGCGAAGAAUGGAGGCUCCAUCGUCACCCUCACUCUCGAUGGGCAGAACCUGUUGGGAACACGCUCGGGAGCCACCGGCCAGGGCCCGUACCUUGACUGCUACUGCACCCCGGCCGGAUUCUGGACUCCCGGGUCUGUCAAUCCAACCUAUAAGCUGUUCAAGGGAACCGACUCCUCCGGCACCGACUACGGCGGCAUCAUGAUGUCCGACACCUAUACUCAGACCGGCCAAGUCCUCCAGCAGUACUGGUUCCUUCGAGACGGAGAGACGGGCCUGCAUACGUUUAGCAGAGUGGCGUACCACAAUGAGACGACGCCGUUCUUGCGCAACCUGCAGGAGAUGCGCACUCUGUUCCGCCCGAACAGCAACAUUUGGACUCAUCUCCUCACAAACGAGAAUCAGUAUGCGCCGCUGCCUGGAAAUGCGGCCAAGGCCAGCCAGGUCGUGGUGCAGGAUGCGACCUGGGAUAUGAGCGCCGCGCCGAACGAUGCCUACGUUCAACAGGAGUCUGAUUACUUCACAAAGUACACUUUCCAGGAUACAUGGAGAGAUGUCACAGCCUAUGGAAUGUUUGCGGACGGCUCGAACACCGACGACGGCAAGACUUACGGAGCUUGGAUGGUCAUGAACACCAAGGACACCUAUUUCGGCGGACCUUUGCACUCGGAUCUCACAGUUGACGGAAUUGUCUACAACUACAUCAGCUCCAACCACCACGGUGACCAGACGCCAAACAUUACCAACGGCUUUGACCGAACCUUUGGACCUCAAUACUUCCACUUCAACAGCUUCCCCGCCGACACUGAUAUCCUGACCGCUCACGCCGACGCCGUGCAGUAUGCCGACCCUGAGUGGAACGCCGACUUUUACGACUCCAUUGCCGAGCAUGUUCCCAACUAUGUGACAUCGAAGAAGCGUGGUACCUUUAAGCUCAAAGCCAGUAUCCCCAAGGGUGCCAAGAACGCCAUUGCAGUGCUCGCUCAGGAAGGCGUUGACUUCCAGGACAAUGUCUUCGAUACCUCGGCAUAUCAGUACUGGGGCGACAUUGACAAAAACGGCUAUGCCAGCAUCCCCAUGGUCAAGGCGGGCACAUACCGUUUGACUAUUUAUGCCGAUGGCGUCUUUGGGCAAUUCACACAGGACAAGAUUAAGAUCAAGUCAGGGAAGACAGAGACCACGAAAGUGACGUGGAAGGAAGAAGCCGCCGGCAAGGAACUUUGGCGCAUCGGCACUCCAGACAAGUCGUCUGGCGAAUACCGCCACGGUUACGAGCGCGACACCGAGCACCCGCUCCAGCCGGAGCAGUACCGCAUCUACUGGGCUGCAUACGACUUCCCCAACGACUUCCCCGAAGGCGUGCGGUUCAAGGUCGGCGAGAGCGAUGUGGGCCAAGACCUAAACUACGUGCACUGGAGCGUCUUUGGCGGGCGCGCGAACUCGGUGCGGACCGAGGAGUACGUGGGUAACGGCGACGUGAACAACUGGACCAUCGCCUUUGAUCUCAAGGACUCGCAGAUCCGACGGAAGGACAAGGCGACGUUCACUGUUCAGCUUGCGGGCGCCAAGACAGCGGCUGGUAACACGGAUGUGUAUAAUGCCUCGGAGCCGCACUCCAACCUGAAGUAUACCGUGAAUGUCAACGGAAAGGACCUCAAGCCCUGGGUCAUCCCAUACUAUCACAGCAGUUCGUGUGCGGUUCGAUCUGCUGUCAUCUGCUACAACAUUGCGCAAAAGUUUGUCUUUGACGCGGGUCUUCUCAAAAAGGGCGAGAACGAGAUCGUAUUGAGUCUGCCGUAUAACGCUACUGACUACGAGUCAGCUUUGUUGCCGUCCUCUGUGUAUGUGCAGUACGACGCACUGCGGUUGGAGAUCAAAUAAGCUGCCUAUGUGUCAGUGUCAAUUGUGAUGCUGAUGGUAGUCGCUCUCAGCACGAGGCUGGGAGCGGGAUUGGCAACGGGAUUGAGAUCGAGCCUCAUGCCGACCGGGAUGAAUUAUCGGUUAUCGGCCUUUGUCAUCUUCACUCCAAAAUAGAUUAAUACCAAAGACGUGAAAUGUGAUG